CAUUGGCCAUUAUAUUGAACUCAAUUCACCAUUGCUCCACCACCUCACCUCACCUCCCUUGCUUGCAUUGCAUGAUUUUUCCUUCCUGUUUCUGCUCAUACCUCUGUUUUCCCGGAGUUAAAGAAUGAAGAGGUUUUCGAUCAAGGUCGAGGAAGGAAGGGAAGGCAAAGAUGGGAAACCGUCCAUUGGACCGGUUUAUCGAAAUGUUAUUGCGAAAGAUGGCUCUCCUUCUCUGUUUGAGGAUUUGAACACAUCUUGGGAUCUUUUCAGAGUUUCAGCUGAAAAGUAUGCUGGAAGGCAAAUGCUCGGAUGGCGAAAAUUUGUCGAUGGGAAGCCAGGACCUUACAUAUGGAAAACUUACAAAGAAGUUUAUGGUGAUGUUCUUAACAUUGGUUCUGCACUACGCGCUGUUGGCGUCAAACCGGGCUCGAGAAUCGGGAUUUAUGGGGAGAACUGUCCUCAAUGGAUAAUAGCAAUGGAGGCCUGCAAUGCCCACAGUAUGAUCUGUGUGCCACUCUAUGAUACCCUCGGACAUGAAGCUGUUAACUUCAUUAUAGACCAUGCAGAGAUCGAUAUCGUUUUCGUCCAAGAUAAGAAAGCAAAAGAACUAUUAAAGUCUGAAAGGACAAACCCUGAGAGGCUGAAAGUUGUUGUCUGCUUUACUUCACUCAAGGAGGAAGAUAAGAUCUCAGCCGCAGACAAUGGGGUGAAAACAUACUCAUGGGACGAGUUCUUUCGCCUGGGAAAAGAAAAUCCUUCUGAGAUCACUCCUCCACGACUUCUCGACAUUUGCACGAUUAUGUACACAAGUGGAACUAGUGGAACUCCUAAAGGUGUUGUGUUAACACAUGAAACCUUAGUAACGUUUAUUAGAGGAGUUGAUAUCUACAUGGAGCAGUUUGAAGACAAGAUGACAGAGGAUGAUGUGUAUCUAUCAUUCCUGCCUCUAGCUCAUAUCCUCGACCGAACGGUCGAGGAAUAUUUCUUUCGUAAAGGCGCAUCUGUUGGCUACUACCAUGGGGAUCUUAAUGGAAUAAAAGAAGAUCUAAUGGAGUUAAAGCCGACGCUUAUAGUCGGAGUACCUCGAGUUUUUGAGAGGAUUCAGGAAGGAAUCAAACAAGCUGUACAAGUACUCAAUCCAGUGAGAAGAAAGGCUUUUGAUUUGCUCUAUAGAUACAAACUUUCAUGGAUGAAUAGAGGAUACAAGCAGAAAGAAGCAUCCCCUUUGGCAGAUUUCUUGGCAUUCAGGAAGGUGAAAGCUAGAUUAGGCGGCCGCCUUCGACUAAUAAUAUCUGGGGGUGCAGCCUUAAGCUCAGAAGUGGAAGAGUUUCUGAGGGUCACAUGUUGUGCUUUUUUUAUCCAAGGAUAUGGAUUGACUGAAACUUGUGGACCAACAACUAUUGGCUUUCCUGAUGAAAUGUGUAUGCUCGGAACCGUUGGGAGCGUUACUCCAUUCAAUGAUCUUCGCUUGGAGGAGGUUCCAGAGAUGGGUUACAAUCCUCUUGGGGAUCGUCCAUGUGGUGAAAUAUGUGUGAGAGGAAAGUCUGUUUUCACUGAAUACUACAAAAACCCUGAACUAACCAAAGAGGCAAUAAAGGAUGGUUGGUUUCACACAGGAGACAUAGGAGAAAUCUUACCCAAUGGGGUUGUGAAGAUCAUUGACAGGAAGAAGAAUCUCAUAAAACUAUCCCAAGGAGAAUACAUAGCACUCGAAUACUUAGAAAAUGUCUACUCGAAUACCCCGAUCGUCGAGGAUAUAUGGAUCUAUGGGAAUAGCUUCAAAUCAAGGCUAGUUGCAGUGGUGGUUCUACAUGAGGAAAACACCAAGAAAUGGGCAAAUUCUAAUGGCUUUUUGUGUUCUUUCUCUGAGCUUAGUUCUCUUGAACAGCUCAGAAAUUAUGUUCUCUCUGAGCUCACUUCCACAGCUGAAAGAAACAAGUUGAAACGUUUCGAAUACAUCAAAGGAGUUGUGUUGGAAUCACACCCAUUUGACAUCGAAAAAGAUAUGGUGACAGCAACUUUGAAAAAGAAGAGAAACAAUCUACUCAAACACUAUGAGGUGCAAAUCAACGAAGAAUAUAAAAACUUGGAGGCAAAGAGGUGAUGAAGUUGAAGCACAGCUGAUCUGUCUGAAAUAAAAAUCAUACAUCCAAAACCAUUUGGUUGUAGUAACAAAGAAACAGCUCUUUCUUUCUCUUUUUUCUUCUUCUCGCAAAUUAAGGACUAUGUGGGUUCACUGACAGAUGGGAGUAUGGUAGUUGAAUGAUGCUUCAGUAGACCUCAUUCUAUGGAAGGGUUACAAAAUAAGUUUAUAUAUUAAGAAACUACCAUCUUCUUCGGAAAA